AUGGAUUAUGAUUCUCUCUAUUUACUAUUGCCAAAAGAACCCAAGAAAUGGCAAGUAUCUGAUGUUAUUAUUUGGCUGCAAUUCAUUGGACUAGGUUAGAUGGAGGACAAGUUUGGUAUGUAGUUUCCAUAGUUCUAUUGUAGUAAAUUGUUCAAUUGAUGGAUCGAUUCUAGAAGAAAUAACAGAGAAUGAUUUGGAAGAAGAGUUAGGAAUCAACUAAAAAAUAAUCAAAAAAAAGUUAAUGAAUUGUAAUCAUAAUCUAAUCAAUAGGGAUAACAACUGGAUUAAAAGAAUAUAGUAUAUAUUUAUGUUAAAUGAAACUUAAUACCAUUAAAAAAUCACCAAAUGAAGAAUUCACACUUUUAAAAAAUGUAAAUGCUUGUUAAGAUAAAUAAUGUUAAUCUAUUAUUAAUCAAUACGAUGAAUUACAUAAUUCUUAGAACAAAAUGAACAAUUAGUUUGAAAAUUAACUAAUCCUAUAACCUUUAGAAAGUUAAUAAAAUAAUUUUUAUUGUAUCAAAUAAGUUGGAGCAAAAAUUGGAAGACAUUCUAGCAAUUAGAUUCUUAUAUUAGAAGAAAAUAUUAGUAGAUUCCAUGCUGAAGUUACAUAUUAAGAUUCUAAAGUAUCUCUACAUAUUAUCAUUAUUUAUAGUUUUAUAUCAAAGAUAUUGGAAGCACUACAGGAACAUAUAUUAAAAUUUAAAAAAGAAUGAACCUCUUUCAAGAUAUGCUUAUUGAAUUAGGUAGUAAUUUAUUUUAAGUCACUCAAUUGGAGGAAGUCUCUAAUGGUAUUUAAUUGGGACUCCUUGUUUUGGAAGGUCCAAAUUCUGAUGAACAAAUAAGUUUUCAUCUUAAUCAAGAUAAAAACUCAGUCACUUUUGGUAGAAAGACUAAUGCAGAUAUAGCAUUUCCAGAGGAUCAUCAUUUAUCUAAUUUGCAUGCUAAAUUUUAUUUAGUAGAUAAGAAUGUAACUAUUGAAGAUCAUUCUUCAACUAAUGGGUAUAUUAAAAUAUAAAUUGUUUUUUAGAACUUGGUUAAGAUUAUCUCCUGAUGGUAAACCAAGUUCAAUUUAUCCACUUACUUUAGAAGAUGAAAUGACUGUUAUUAGAAUUGGCACAGUUAAUUAAUAUCUAUGUCAAUUAGAUAAAUUAAGUAUAAAUUAUAAUGAAUACAAUUUUUGUACAUUGUGUCAUGAAAAUGAACGAGAUGCAUUGUGUCUUCCUUGUAAGCACAAUUCUACUUGUUUCAAAUGUAGUAAAAAUUUGUAAUUAUGUCCAAUUUGCAAAAUGAAGAUCUCAUAGCAAAUUAGAAUUUACAAAAAUUGA